UGCCGUAGUUGCUCCGCUGAAGUGAACAGCAGCUCUGAGGAGACGCCAGUUACAGCUCAAAUCCGCUUCAACUCUUUUCUUUCUCUUUCACUGGGACUUCCCGCAGUUUCUCUAGAGUCAUUUUCUUCCAAGCUCCGUUAUUUCGUCGAACAAACGGCGUUUUUUUUCUUUCUGUCAUUUAACAGACUCUCUCUGCCCUGCGUUUUGGCGGUAAGUGCGGGCUUUUGGAGAGGAUGGCGGCUAUCAAGGCGCUUCAGCAGUGGUGUAAGAUUCAGUGCGACGGAUACAGAGAUGUGACCAUCAGCAACAUGAGCACAUCUUUCAGAGAUGGACUGGCCUUCUGCGCUCUCAUCCACAAGUUCAGACCGGACCUCAUAAACUUUGAGUCUCUCUCCAAAGACAAUGUCUAUUACAACAACCACUUGGCGUUCCGUGUGGCUGAAGAUCAUCUGGGAAUCCCAGCUCUUCUGGACGCAGAGGACAUGGUGGCUUUGCCUGUCCCAGACAGACUCAGCAUCCUCACAUAUGUCUCACAGUACUAUAAUUACUUCCACGGCCGCUCGCCAAUCGGGGGAGUAGGAGGUAUCAAGCGGCAUGCCGAGGACUCAAAGGAGGUGCCAUCAGAGAAAAAGAACCUGCCUGUGGUUGCCAAAAACCACAAUCUUAAAACAAAUACAGAGAACCGUCCUCCUCAAACUGAAAUGCCAAAAAAUGGAGACAACCGUCCUCCAUCUCUUAACAUCCAAAAAAGUGCUCCAGAGAAGCACAUUGUAGCUACUCCAGCUCGGCAGACUGGCACAGACCGGCAGAAAUCUCCAGGGCCAAAAUGUGUGCAGGCGCCCGUCACGCCACUCAGAGCGAGAUCUCCACAACCACACAGAGAAGCUGAGAAGAAAACCGUUUUGGUGGAGAGUUCAAAUAAAACCGGCACAUUGAACAGUGAAUGUGCAGUAUGUGGAAAUCAUGUACAUCUGGUCCAGAGACACCUGGUGGAUGGAAAACUUUACCACCGGAGCUGCUUUAAGUGUAGUGUAUGCUACGGCACACUUAAAUCUGGAGCAUAUAAAGUGGGAGCGGACGCUGGCACACUGGUCUGCACUGUUCACCAACAUGGCCAAAAUGGCUUCAAGCCUACAGUGAAGCCUUUUAAGAGCAGUGGCUUUACGCUUGCUGAUUUGGUGCCUAAAUCUGACUGUGGUGAUGAGCCGUCUUCACAGCGUUACACCUCUGUAUUAUCUGCACCCAUCAAGGCUGUGACUAGACCAGUUGAGCUCAGUCCCGCUCCGAAGUCGUGGACCGCCUCUGCUCAGAGGACUCAAGAAGCCAGGCAGAAGUUUUUCCAGUCAUGUGGUCCAGCAGCAGAGCAUCGGCCCACCACAAGACAGCAGUCAGGCCCCUCAGAGUCCUGCACCAAUCAGAACACAAGUCCGAAGAUGCAGAAAAACAGAACCAGUGCACUGACAAAUGGAAAACUACACGAAGGAAAUACAAAUAACAACAAUGCGCUUAGUUCUGACCCUGGAGCACAGAGGCAGCUAAAAAUCAGAUGCACUUCUGCUGAAGUCUCUAGCCGGAGGCAGGAGUUACAUGGGCGAGAAGUAACAGGAAGGAGCGCGUAUCAGGCCACUUCAGCCAGCCCUGCCAUCAGCAGUAGCGGCAUGAACACCAAAGAAUCCCUUUACCUCAGUGCCAUCAGCAAAGAGCACAGCAAACCUCCAUCUCUGCUGCUUUCUACUGCCAAAGCCAAAGAUGUUCAGAGCUGCGAAGCCCCGACUGACUGGAGAUCAAAGCCAAAGGCAGCUCCAAAUGGACCAAGAUUCAAAUCUCCUGAUAAUGCCAAGGAUGUCCUGUUGACUUGUGGAAAAAACGAAAGUGACCAUUGUUUGACGACGCAAAGUGAUCCAGCCUCCUCCAUAUCAAACAACUCUUGCUGCUCCAUCACUGUUGACCCAAAAAUCAGAGGGGAACAACAGCAGGGUACCUGUGUUCAAAAUGGACCAGGUUUUUCUGCCCCUAUCCAGCCAUUCAGUCCUGUUGUCUCGUGUUUGGGAGAGGCCUGUGAUGGGCAGGGUUCUAAAUGUGACUGUUCCUUGUCCACAUGUAUCAUGCCCUCUCAGUCCUGUUACAAACCUUCAUCUCCAAAACAACCUCGCCGCGGGUCGGCGACAUCAAGUUGUGACAAUGGACAUCUUUCAUCUAAAAAUGGCUUGGUGCAUGAAACAAGGCUGCCUAUUAUGAAGCCUUACUAUAUCACACCAGAUCAGAUCUCCAAAGAGCUGCAGGACAUCGAGAACAAGCUGAACGAUCUAGAGAACGAAGGGGUGGAGUUGGAGUGGAAGCUUCGCGUUUAUGAAGAAGAGGGUCAUGGGGACCUUCUGAUGGAUCCCUUGAUGGUGGACUGGUUCAACCUGAUUCGGAAAAAACAAAGCUACAUACGGAGGGAGUCAGAGUUGAUGUACAUAGCAAAAACACAAGAUCUUGAGGAGCAGCAGCCUGGAGUAGAAGGAGAGCUCAGGAGAUUGAUCAAUAAACCAGAACAUCUCAAGAAUGUGGAUGAGAAGAAGAGGGAAACCGAACUGUUGAACAAACUGAUGAAGAUCGUGAAUGACAGAAAUGCCAUCGUUGAAGGGCUGGAGGAGGACAGAAUAAGGGAGGAGGAAGAAGAUCAACAGUUGAAUGAGAUGAUGCAAAGACUGGGUCUUCAGAAGUUUAAAAACAAACGCAAGUCGUCGUUCUCAAAGUUAUUCAGACGGAGAAGUAAAAAAGCCUCAAUGGGAGAGUGAACUUGAAGUAAUACAGACCUUUUGCUGUAGCCUGCUGAAGUCCAGAUUUUGCCAGGUGACCUUAGUUCAGCAGUGCUCAGCCCUGUUCCUGGAGAUCUACCUUCCUGUAGAGUUCAGCUCCAACCCUGAUCAAACACACCUGAACCAACUAAUUGUGACCUGAAGGAGCAAUUGAUAAUUACAGACAGGUGUGUUUGAUCAGGGUUGGAACUAAACUGCAGGAAGGUAGAUCUCCAGGAACAGGGUUGGACACCCCUGCCUUAGAUAGUUUAAAACAAAGUGGGGUUAGUACAAUUCUGUCAGGUGAUUCAGUGAGUUAGUUCUUGAAGCAAAAAUAAUGUUCAGUUUAAACACUUAUUUUCACUUAUUUGAUUAAGCUAAUGUUAGUUCUAUUCAUUUGCUAUUUGUAAGUUGUUGGUUUUUUUUUUUUUUUUUUUUUUUUUUUUUUUUUAAACAUAUUGCUCCUAUAUGCUUUUGCCUUGCUUUAAAUGCGUGGGCUAGUUUGAAUACUUAUUGUUCAAAAAAACAUUUAUUUUCCUCUUUUUCCACCCCCUCACUUGUUCAUAAACCAUAACUUAUAUUAGCAGAUAAACAAACAGAUGCCCAAGGCUGGCUGAAGAUGCCCAAGGCACGCCACUUGACUCUGAUCCAAAAAUCUGUGGAGCAUCUUAAUUUAACUCUAACCCCCUAAAAAAAAAAAAAAAAUAAUAAUUGCUAAA